AUGUUUAAUACUGAAGAGAAAAUGACACAUAUGUUGACAUUAGUCUCACUGGAACAAUACUCAUUAGGAUCUAUUUUCAACGAUUCGUUUUUAUCCUGUAAAAGUAGUGAAUGUCAUAAAAAUGGAACAUGUAUUGGAGACAAAUGUUCUUGUCCAAAUGGUUACACUGGAGUUCUUUGUCAGAGUGAAAUAUUAGAAUGUCUAACGGAACCUUGCCAACAUAAUGGAAUAUGUAAUGACCGUAUUGGUACUUUCACAUGUACAUGUGUAACGGGAUACAAUGGAAGACUAUGUGAAAUAGAUUCUACACAAUCUACAACGACCCCCAAACCACGUGACUGUCCGCCAUGUUUGAAUGGGACAUGUAUGCACGACAUUUUUGGUGCCGUUUGUAUAUGUAAUAAUGGAUACACUGGAAAAGAUUGCUCCGUUCCUUUAGUAGACCCAAAUGUUGUGAGUACAUGUCGAGAAUAUUAUUAUGGCCCCGAUUGUCGAAAAUUCUGUAAAGAAUUUGAUGAUUGCGCAAAUGGACAUUAUUAUUGUGAUCCUACAACCGGACAUAAAAUAUGUCGUUCUGGAUGGUCAGGUCAGAACUGUACUAACCGUGACAUUCCAAACUACCUUGACAAAGCAUGUCCUCCAAGUUUGACAUGUAAAAAUGAUGGUCAUUGCUUUAACAGUUCUUGUUGUUGUCGAGAUGGCUACACAGGUAAAUAUUGUGAAACUGAACAACUGAAAUGCUCAGAAAACCCAUGCCCUCUAGGCUGCACGUGUCAUCAAAUGAACAAAGGCCACCACUGCCAUUGUCCAACUACAAGACAACCAUCAACGACAGAAUCAUCUACAACACAAGAGACAACCAUUAUAUCAUCAUCCCAAACCACAACCAAACCUACAACAAAAGUAACAACCAUCAUAGCUUCAACAACAGUUCAACAAACAACAAGAAGGAAAGCCACCCCUCCCCAAUUGUCCACAAAUAAUCAAGAAGUAGGAUUUUGUUCUGAAACAAAAUGUGACCAAAAUAAGAAAUGCAUCAAUGCCACUGUUCCUGGACUAUGUUAUUGUUUAAUUGAUAAAGCAUACUUCUGUCCAUAUGUACUUAAACCAACGUUAUCGCCUAAUUCAUCGUCAACUUCUACAACAAUUUCCACUACAAAACCAACAAAAUCAACCACUUCACCGACGACAAUUUCAUCCACUACACCAACAACAACCACUACACCAACAACAACCACUAAACCAACAACAAUAACAACAACUACGCCAACACCAACAACUACAUCAUCAACAACAACCACUACACCAACACCAACAACAACAACCACUAAACCAACAACUACAUCAACAACAACCACUACACCAACAACAACUACACCGACGACGAAGCCAACCACUAUACGAACUUCAACACCAACAACAAUACAAUCAACAACGCCAACGAUGACACCAUCAACGACACCAUCUACAACCAGUACAUCAUCGACGACUAAAAUAUCAACUAUGCAAACCUCUACACCAACUCCAUCAACAUUGGCAUUUUCAACGAUAAAACAGGAAGUUGGAUUAUGUAUUGAAACUAAAUGUGACUCGACUGAAGAAUGUAUAAUUGUUACAGGUCCAGGAUUGUGCUACUGUGUUGCAGAUAAGGCAUAUUUUUGCCCUUUUGUAUUCAAAACAACACCAACAGUAAUCACGACACAAAGUACAAAACCUAGUACCAGAACAAGUUCAAUAUCAACAGCAACGCCAAGUACAGUGUCAAGCACACAAGUAACCACCACACCAACUACGAUACUGACUACAAAACAAACUGCAAAGUCAACAACAACACUAACUACAACCCCGACUACCACAACGGCUUCAACAUCUACUUCACCUACUACGGAGUCAUCUACUUCACCUACUACGGAGUCAUCUACUUCACCUACUACGGAGUCAACUACUUCACCUACUACGGAGUCAACUACUUCACCUACUACGGAGUCGACUACUUCACCUACUACGGAGUCAACUACUUCACCUACUACGGAGUCAACUACUUCACCUACAACGGAGUCGACUACUUCAUCUACGGAGUCAUCUACUUCACCUACUACGGAGUCAACUACUUCACCUACUACGGAGUCGACUACUUCAUCUACGGAGACAACUAUUUCAACUACUACGGAGUCAUCUACUACACCUACUAUCGAGUCAACUCCUUCAACCACUACAGAGUCAACAACUUUACCCACUACUAAGUCAACAACUUCACCUACAACAGAGUCAACAACUUCCCCUUCAACAGAGUCAACUACUUCACUCACAACAGAGUCAACUACAUUGCCAACAACAAGACAAACUAUAACACCAAUACCAAGACAAACAACAAAACCAACAACAUCAAAAACUACACCAACCAUUAAACCUACAACAAUAUCUACAACUCCAACAAUGAAAUCAACGAUGAAGUCGACUACAGCAACAACAGAACCAACAUCAAUGGUCAAAGUGGCAACAACUGCUACACCUAAUACAGACUACACAUUUUUUUUGAACGGAACAGUUAAGCCAGAGGAAAUUCCAAUACUGCAAUCACACUUAAACAAGGCAGGCAGUAAAUCAGGUGAUGGAAAUUGUUUUCCGAACAUCACAAUUACAAGCGUUGAACAAAUGAUCAGUAUAAAUUUACAACAGGCAUCAAAAAUACAGUUUCAUGCCGAUGAGUGUUUCAACGGAACUAACGACAAAUUUUUGAAAAACCUAAAGAACGAAUUUAAAAGCAAACCAUUGCUACAAACUAAUGGACCAUUAACCCCAUCUAGUACAGAUUCGUUGGUUAGUUUGAAUGAAGCAUUAUAUGAUAUAGAUCUUAUCGGUUAUGUAUACCAAGAUAAUCUACAAAACAUAAAAGAUAAGCUGAAGGAAUCAUGGAAAACAGCGCGUGGAGAUACAAAAGAUGUAGACAUUCUAAUUGCUAACUCUUUGCAAAUGAUUGGCAAAUACGGGACUAGAAUUACAAAGAUCCAGUACCUCGCAAGCUCUCGGGGGUCAUUGAUCACCCCUAAGAGUCAUACACCACCAUCUGCAUCUGUAAUUAACGACGAGUUCCAGAAAUGUGGUAAAAAAGGACCACAACAACAUCUAGCUACAGUGUUCAUUCAACCUCUCUACCACUACACACAGGGAGUUCGGGUAACAAUAAAUAAACCCGCGAAAAAUAUUAAACUGGAUGACGUGAAGCAGCAACUCAAAUCGAAUUAUAUGUCUUCUUUGAAAGAUAGUAAUACAUGUUCCAGUGGUUGCAAGUUAGAUGUUGAGGUGGCUUCAUUAGAAGAAACAUUAGACUCUGGAAAAUCCGAUGUCAUUUACUUUCCGAUUCUGAAUGGGAGUCUUAUAAACGACAAUGGUCUAGCAGACGUUCACAAAAACCUUCAAGAAUGCGCUUCCAGUUGUGCUUCUAGCAGACGGCAGUACGUUGAUUUAGAAGGAAGAAUAAAGCUAAGAGAUAUGGAAUCUGUAAGACGGACUCUCAUUUUAAAUAAUGCUGCUGCACGACAUACAAGAGCAGUUGAUGAUCUCAAUAUGGUCAAAAACAAUUACUUAACAUCAAAUGGGAUUCCAGUAACAAGAGUGUGGUAUUCUGAACCAUUUAAUGACAGUAAAAAACAGUGGCCUAAUCCAAACUUGGCAGGAAGAUUAGAUUCAAUUAUAAAUGAGCUAUCUGCCUCAAAUAAAUCUAUAGUCCUAAAUGAAACACAGAAAAUUUUCGAAAUAAAUCUUGAAGGAGAGGUGCCAGCAGGCCAACUAAAUAAUGUCAAUAAUGCUAUUAUUUCGGCAUGGAAAAACUUCAAUUCAGAGAUACAAAACAGCGAUUUGGGAUUAACAGUUAAACCGUUGGACAAAAAUUACUUUUCUGAGAAUUCUGGACAUAGAGUGACGAAAGUGAAGUAUGUUAUUUCCGUUUUGAAUGCAGAUUCUUCCAACACAGCAUUACAGGAACCAAAUCAAAAUGUUACUAAGCAUAACCUUCCAAAAGGAAUUUCUACUUGUGAUUGUAUUGCUAGAAAACUUCGAGAGAUCAGGGUUACAGGACAGAUCGACAUGAUUGAUAAAACCAAAAUUCAAAACAUUUUAAAACUUAUAUGGACGUCCGAAAACAGAGGUCUUGGGGUCAACAUAAACACCAAAGUUAUGAAUGUCCAUAAAGGAUUUCAGACAAAUGACGGUAAACCUGCAGCCAAGAUCGAGUAUUACAUAUCACCAAGAUUACAAGGAGGAGGGUAUGUGGAUGAGGAUGACUUGGACCAACCUUCUUAUCAAAGCAUGCAAUUAAAAUUACAACAACAAGUACCGGGUUUGAAAGUGGUUGAGAAACAACUUGUCCAGAAACCUUCUGCCAAUGAAGAAAAAGAAUCGAAAACGUGGAUCUACGUCAUCAUAGGUGUAGCUGUGGCACUGCUGUUAAUAAUUGUUUUACUAUCCCUCAUCAUAUUGUACAGGAGAUUAAGGCGUAUAGAAUCAAGAACACUUAAACAAAGUCCUGGUGAAAUGAAUGGUUAUGACAAGGAGCACUUCUCAGAACAACCGGAUUUUGAUAGCCCUAAUUAUAGUUUUAGUGAAAACGAAGUGACUGAAAACGAAAAGAACGGUACAUAUAUGGUAAACUCUUGAAACAAUGUGUCUUAAGCAUAGUCAAAUACACUUGAAGAGUUAUAAACUGAAAAUAUGUUGAUGUGUAACUUAAAAAAAAAUAUCAGCACAUAUCAAAAUUACCUCCACCAACAGAAUAAUGUGGAAAGAUCACUAAAAAUUAUAUGCUACUUUUUAUGUAUGAAUAUUGUCAAUGUGAUAAGCAUGAUACUUUAUAUUUGUGAUCAUUUAUGAUUAUAACAACGAAAUAUACUCAUUAAUGUACAUUGUAAAUAAUUGUAAAUAAAGAUAAUGUUUUUUAAAAAUUGCUAGCAGAUGUAGUGUUGAAGGAUGAACAAGCCUUAUGAAAUAUAUCAAUAUAAGUUCAGCGAUAGCCGCAAUCAAUUUCUCCCGUCUUGGAGUAAAACUCGUAGAGAGUCAGCUGUGGCUUUGUAGGACGUAUAAAAAGAAAAGCAGUUUUGUACUUUUUACACCGUUCAACUAUUUCUUGUAUUGAUGACAGGCUUAUAAUUUGGUACGCCAGAAGAGCGUUUCGUCUACACAAGACUCAUCAGUGACGCUCGAAUCAAAUUAAUAUGCAUGCAAUACUCUUCUCUGAUCAUUAACCAAUAUUCAAUACUCUCCUCUAAUGAACCAACUGAAAAACAGAAUACAUAUUUGAUCAGAUCAUGCAAAUGGGUCUGAUAUUAGCAUUUAUGUUUGGUUUUGUUUUUAACAACUUCUUGCUGACUUCUCAACACUAAUAUUAUAUUUUCUACUCAACUUCGAGAUUUUGGUGGAUCGUAGAUGUACUAAUGUUCUUCUUUCGACAAUUUUAUUUGAUGACUAGAAAGCACUUCGGUGGUGUCCUUUCUUUUACAAUUGAAAAGCAUUUAUUACUAAUAAACUAAUUGACCAUUCAGCAACCGAUAGAAAAACUUGCAAAGAACUUGUUUGGAACAAUGACGUACGUAUACUAUACUAUCAUGUUGAAAUGAUGCAUAAGCCAAUGCUAAUUAUUGAAAGUCUAAGAUGUGUUUACUAGUAAUUUGUGAUAAACGUUUUGUUUUAAAGAAUAUUUCAUUGGCAUGUUAUCUCACCAACGGAUUUAAAAAAAAAUCAUAUUAUCAUAUUCGAUUGUAAAGUUGUUUUGACAAAUGCUCCUUUGAGGGAGAAAAUUAAAGUUUCUGAUAGGAAUGCAACAAACAUGGGGGACUUUUCUUUAAACGACGAAAAUUAGAUGACUUUAUAAUUUUAUAAUUGAUGUAACGUCUUUCUACACAAGAUAGAAAUUUACCGUAUUGACUCAAUUAUUUGAAGAAAAAUGUUUCGAAGGGGAGAUAACUAAGAUGAUUUAAUUGUGCAUUUAUUUAUGUACCAGGAAAUAGAUUUCUUUUUUCUUUUUGAAAUCAUUAUAAAACU